AUGCCGGCUAAAGGGCAAGGCUAUCCUGCCGCGAAUGGCAGAACGAAUGGUCGUCCGGGUCCAAGCACUGCUGGUAAGGAACAGCACCCGCGUGGCGGAGCAUCCUCAUCCAAGGGACCAUUAUCCAACAGCACGAAAAAGACCACGGCUGGUGUGAACGGCCUUACCCCUCAACGUACAGGUGGUCCCGUACAAUCACUCAACCAAGGCCCCGGGGCACCACCUGCGACUCUGCCGCGUAGCAGUGGGACGCCCGCGAAAGGUAACAACAACCCUGCUGGUAUUGCUAACAUGAAUAACCCCAAAGCGAAUCCAAACGUCAAGCGCGAGAACGCCGCCGCCGGCCCCGGUGAUCGCCCAGCAGCUGCCGCGACCAUUGGCAACUUCCAGGAUGGUCAGCGGACAUUUGAACAGCCUCUCAAAACAGGGCCUAAUAGCCAGGCGCUGCAACGCAAGCAGACUGGCGAAUUUAAUCCUGUUGUGCCUGGUCAGCAACUUCCUAAUAGGAACGGACAGCCUCUCAAGUCUGGUGAGAAACCAACGCUGGCGAAUAAUACGCCCUCGUCCAAAUCCGGAGGCGGUCACUUCUCCAGCAUCAAGAAUCCCCCCAAGCCCGCACAGCAGAGGAGGAGCAAUGAAGUCCUUCCUGAUUCUUCCACUCAAAACAUUCCUAAUAAGCACAAGAACCCUGCGAAACCAAUCCCAGAUAACAAUCCCACAAACCUUGCCCCCAUCAGCAACCCAGGACAACAAGAUGGACCCCGUGGUUUCACGCCAAGAAGAGACAAGAAACAUGCCGCUCCACCACCCAAGGGCGUGCAACCACAAGAUCAACGUGAACCCAGUCUUGCAGAGUCCAGUUACUUCUCCAUACCACAGAGUAAGGCCGCUCAGGAUGCUGAACGACGUGGUCUGACGGGCGCUGAGAAGAAGGCUACAAUCGAGGCGAAGCCCGUGAAGAAAGAGCACAAAGGGAAGCAGCCUCGUACGACGAAUACUCAAAAGAACUCAUUUGAGGUUGAAUCUGCCGCCGAUGUUCCUGCGUUCGCGACGGGAAAUAUUCCCUCAAACAAGAAACCAAAGCAACAGGCUGGGUUAGGUCGCCUUGAACCCCCUACCGGACGCAAUGAACAAGCGGGUUCGCCUCAUCCCGUCGCAAUUCCACUACAGCAUGACGCAAGUGGUCUGCGUUCGGGAGAACAAAUUCGUCCCGUGCCGCAAAGCGCAAUUGAUGGAACACCAGGGGAGCCAGGCAUUUCGUCGUCUCUUGCUCCUGGUUCAAGGCUCGAUGCGAGACGACAGCCAUCUUCCCAACGACCUGGACAGCCUGGUGUUCUUGGGGCUCCUAGCCCAAGUGUUAAAAAUGCACGUGGCCCUCAUGUCAUCCCCAACGAGCCCAAACAACAAAUGGUGCCGGCUAGUAAUGAGAGUGGAAGGCAAGGUGGACCAGCGCCAGGGUCGUCAUUGCCGGACGCUUUCGCCCCUGGGAGCAACCCGCACGGCGAGCGCGAAAGGAUGCCGCCUCAGAAGCCAGAAGUUCACGGACGUGAUGUCCGCAAUCCACCGGCUCCAGGUGGCCGAUCCUCGCACGAGUCUGUCAGGGCUCCAAUGGGCCGCCAGAUGCCUGCUUCUGCUUCUGCCGCUGGCCAGCCACACCAGCCGUCGUUAAAGUCGAGGGGCGCACCGACGAGAGCAGAGGCAGAGGCAUCACAAGCCAUGCCUCCGAUACCGCCACAAAACCAUCCCGCGACUUAUGACGAGCGUUCAAUGCCUUCGAUACCUCCUCCACCUCAGCCACCCAUCAUGCGCGCCGAUCAAGGCAGAGCAACGCCACCUCCUAUACCUGGUGAUCGUGCACCCAGAGAUACAUCUAGAUCACGCCAGCCUCCUCCUAAGCUUAGUGACCGCAAGUCACUGUUUCAGCCUGGGGUGCCUGCUCGGGAUGCUGUUGAAGCACCAAUGCCGAAAAUGCCUGGUUCGUCUCGGGAUGAGCUUCGGAAGGUGUCUUCCGAAUUCGCUGCUCCUGGGUCUGUUCAACCUGGGAGAUACAACGACAAGAAUGGCGAUCGCAUGCCUGUGCCACCUCAAAAUGUCCAAGGCCCCUUCGACAACUCGUUCAACGAUCCUCGUCAGCUACGCUUUGAUCCAAGUGAUGCUCGAGCGCCACAGGGACCAAAAGAUAUGCACCAGCGGCCUGAUCCAAGGGUUAUGAAGGCUGACGGUCACAGCGGACAAGCUCCUCCUUUGCCACCGCGAAAUGAGCAGAUGAACGAUAAAUUAAACUCAUCUCCUUCUUCUAGAGGCAUGGACGUUGGCAGGCUUGACACAAAUGUGUCUGGACGGAAUACACCCUCGGCUGAGCCAUCCAGCGCUACGGGGAGCCCUUCAAAGAGGAGCUUGCUUGGUCGUUGGUUUGGAAAGAAAGACAAGAAGAAAGCCGAGCCCGCGGAGACUUUACCAAAACGGCCGUCUCUGCUCCCACCAGGCAGGCCGCGGACGUCUGUUGACAGUGUUGCUUCUGCUACCGCUUCUGGGGCAGUGCAGCCUGAUCAAAGUAACCGUGCUCCAUUCUCCCAAGCACGAGAAGUGCAACCAGACCAGCCGAGCGGAUAUUUGAAUCGGGGUUCAAAUGACCUUCCACCUUCCCAAAGACGAGAAGUGCGACCAGACCAGCCGAGCGGAUAUUUGAACCGGGGGUCAAAUGACGUUCCAACUUCCCAGUCACGAGAAGUGCAACCAGACCAGCCGAGCGGAUAUUUGAGUCGGGGGUCAAAUGACCUUCCACCUUCCCAAACCGUUGUGGAUGGCCCGCGCAAGUCUUUGGUAAAUAACAGCAUUCCUCACUCACGAGAUGGGCAGCAGCACCCGCCUCCAGAGCCACCCUUGCCUAAGCCGUCAAGGGCUCGGUCCCAGCCUUUCCCCACGCACCCAGGCCAGAAGCCACCGCAGCCUAUGCCUCCGGCAGCCAACGACCUCAAUGACCUUCAUGCUGCCGCGGCUGCUUCUCGGUACAUGAACCCGAACAAGCAGGAUGAGUCGAAGAUGCCGCCGGAUCCAGAAAAUCAGAAGAAGGUGAACAGAAAAUCUCGCAUGCUCGGCAGUAUGAUGCAACCGAUACCAGGUCAAGGCGAUGCCAUGCCCGUGCCUGCAAUUCCUCAAACACCUGCUGCCUACAAGCACGGCGAUGAGCAUCCGACUCUUCCUGGCGGCGCAGAGAUGCCGCCACCCCCAGCCAUGGAUGACAAGCAGAGGCGCGCGGCGAAUAGGAAAUCACAUAUGAAUGGCUUUGGUCCUACAGACCUCCAGAUGCCGCCAGUGCCGGCACUCAAGGAUCACGUCACAGCGAGCUCUGAGGUGCCACCAUCGUUGCGACCUGGGAUUCCGGACGGAAUGCCGCAAGAACAGCGAGAUCUGGCUGGUGCACCCGCGAACGACAAGCCCGGCAUGAUGCCUCCACCUAUGAGGAAGGGGCUUCCAUCAAGGCCAAUUGCACGCGGUGCCAUCAAGGAGUCUGCUGCAACGACCGAUUCUGGUCUGCCUACUCCUUAUGUGGAUCACGACAUGGACAGUCCAGGCUCGUCGCAAGACUCGCAGCUGCCUCCUACACUGAGAGCUGCACGUCCGAACUUAAAGCUAGAUGCCAAGGAUGGCGAGCAGCCUCCCCCGCCUCCUGGUACUAUCCCAGAAUCCAUGGCCAAGUCUCGAGACAUGCGAUCCAAGGCUAUGGGUAUGCCCUACAAUCCCGGGUCUAAGAAGACCAAGCUCGGCAAAGACAAGGAGCAGACCCGCCAGCCUCUUUCUCCUAUUGAUGGGAACAUGUCGCCACGGUCACCGAUCAAUGUUGAGUUAGGAAACAUUCCUCCGUCACAAAAGCCUUCUAGCCCCAAGCCCAACACGCUGAAGGAUUUCUUUGGAAAGACCAAGGGCGAGGACGGCGCUUCUCGCGAGAUUGGCUCACAAAUUAUGGCAAGUGAGAAGCCACUGUCGCCUACAUCUGCUAGAUUGGCAGACAUGGAGAAGGAGCUGGACAAUUUCAAACUCGCCCGGUAUCAGCAUCCCGAGCGCCUCUCGAAAGACUCUAUCCUCACUGAGGACAUGCUCGACACGCCGCCUCUUUCCAAUCAUGAAUUCACCUCGAACAACAACAUGAUCCGCACGGACGUUAAGGAUCAGCCACUCAAGUAUACCCCGAGAGGGUUUGCUGACAAGAACGGCAGUCUUGAUUCUGCCCCAUUUUCGUCGUCGGCUAAGGAUGACAAGAUGAGCAAGAAGAACAAGUCUCGUGAUCUUUCAGGCGACAAGAAGGAUGGGUCUGCCAUCAAAGAGGAGCCGACGCGUGACUUCCUUGGUGGAAACCUCUUUGGUGGUGGUAAGGACCGAAUGUCUCCAUUUGGUUCGCCUACCUUCAAAGACGAUGAGCCUUGGGCAGCAGGGAGAGAUGCCAAGGCUCCUGGAGACAAGAAGCCCGGUUUCUUCAGCAUCGACGGCAUUCAGAAGGACCGGGGUCAUGCAGACGACUCGAAGGGCUCCAAUCCUGUGUCUCCAACCAUGGCCGAAGCUUCGCUCUCGCCUGGCCAAGGUGAGCCUUGGUCACCUAAUGGAGAUGUACUCAAGCAGAAAACCCCAGGUGACAAGAAGACUCGUGGUUUGUUUGGCCGCGGAAAAGACAACAUUAAGGCCGGAUCGAGGUCACCUACAGAUGAGAAGCGCGGGUUCCUCGGCCUCGGAAAAGACAAACAGAAGAUUGGCGGCGAUAAAUACCAGUCUGGCUCUCCGGCGCAUUCUCCCACCAUGAGAGACGGGCCGCCUAUCGAGUCGUGGGCUGAAGACGAAAAAUUGGCUGGUGAAGAGAAACCGGGCGAGAAGAAAGCUGGUUUGUUCAGCAGCUUCGGACAGCACAACGGCAAGAAGAGCGCAUCGGGCUCUCCGCUUAGCUCUCCGACUUGGAGGGACUCGCGGGCUGCAUCUCCCGGUCUGGAAUCAAUGGGCGAGGAUGGUGGUCCUGCGUCCAAGGACAAGGGCACCGGGCUAUUCAGCAACUUCGGCAAAGACAAGAGGCAAAACCAUGGUGAAAGGGGCUCGGAACUACUCGAGUCCCCCGACGCCGACGCCGAGCUUGAAGACAACAACGCACAUGGGGAGAAGAAGUCUGGGUUCAAAGGUCUGUGGAGCAAAGACAAGGACGGCAAAAACAAGAGAAGAGGAUCAAACUCAGAACCGCUGUCGCCCGGCAAGCCAACCAUCUUGGACGAGAACCAUACUGGCAACAAUGACCAUGUCAUGAUACCAGCCUUUCUUCUUGUUCAGAAAGACUCGUCGCAAACAGGAUCUCCAGUCCUUCCCGGCCAAGAGAAGCCUGGUCAAUUUGAUGGCCGCGACCUUGAUGAGGUUGAUGAUGAGGAUUUCUCUGAAGUCGGAAAGAAGGAAAAGAAGGGCAACGGACUGUUUGGCAAGAGUAACAACAAGGAUGAAGAUGGACACCAUGACAUCUACGAUACGAAGCCAGACGGACGUUAUUCUCCCCAAGUUGGGCCACUUGAUUCCCCGGAGUUCGGCCAGGGAGACAAGAGCGGCAAGUACAGAGCCUCCACUGUAUCACACUCGGACGACAUCUACACCGACCAGUACGGACAUCAAUUCUCACCUCGGCUCGAAUCCCCUACAUCGCCUGGUGUCAGCCAGAAAGACAAGAAGGGCAGGGGACUUUUCGAGCGCUUCCGGAAGAACAAGGAUGGGAAGGUGACACCUACCUCGACGGAUAAUUUCGACGACUACGAUACUCAGUCGCUAUCACCCCAAGACGAAUCGGUGGGCAAGAAGGACAAGACUGGAAAGGGAAUCUUCGGAUGGGGCAAGAAGGACCGGGAUAGUCCGCUGGCGUCCCCUCUGGCCGACAACUAUAACCACGCCAGCAUGUCCCCACGAUCGCCCAGAUUUGACCAACGCCUCUCUCGCGACAUCGACGCAUACCCGGCGACGAUGUCUGAGUCCCCGAUAAUGAACGACUCGAUGCCCUCGCCUCGGCGAUCCUUGGAAAACGCGUACUCCCCGCCUAUGGACACCUACGAGGAGCCCCUGAGCCCCGGCCAGCCGGGAAAGAUGAAGCCUGAGCCGCUCAACUUCAAGAACAAGAUGCGUGGCCUCUUCGACAAGGUGGCUGGAGUCGAUGGUGACAAGCGCCGAUCGAGCCGCGACUUCGGCGGUGCGUAUGGAGCGCCCUACUCACCAACUCCUGGUGAUAUGGAUGAGUACAGCUCAAACAAAAUGCCCCUCUCGCCUGUGGCUAUGGACAACUUCGGUGGCAACAACAGCAUCUCGCCCUCUCCAGCCGGUAUGGAUAGCUUUGACAGGGACGGCGCUCCUCCGUCGCCAGGUGUUGCUGGCACGGGUGACUUUGGUGGUAACAGUAUGCCCCCGUCGCCUGGUGACAUGAGCAACUUUGGCGGGAAUAGCAUGUCUCCUUUGCCAGUUGGAGGUAACAGCUUCCCUGCCUCGCCUGUCGGUGACAUGGACAACCCCAGCAGCUUGCCUCCUUCACCCUCGCCAACGAUCGGUGCCGACGUUGCGCCCAUGCCCAUGCAGACGCCCAUCCUGUCACCUGUGCAGUCUCCAGCUCGGUCAGAGUUCGACACAAUGCCUGGGCAAGACCUUCCGGCAUCGCCUCGGGCCGAAAUGGAAAUGCCCUCGCCAGCCCUUCCGGAAGCUCCAGUUGCCUUUGACGAGCCCGAACUGAUGGCAACAGACACUGGUUUCGUCCAGACCCCGCCCGCUUCCCCGCCUGCUCAGUUUGAGGCCGCCGGUAUGGACCCGCCUAUGGGGUCUCCUUUCAUGGGCAGUUCCGAGCUGGUAGACAUGGCCGCGCCCAUGUCUCCCAUGAGGGACGACUUUGGUGGCGCCCCCAGCCCCGGUGCCGGAUACUCUUCGCCCCCGCCCAUGGUCGAUGAUUUUGGAGGCGGCAUGGGCCCGACCGACGACUUUGCAAGUGACCGCGGUCCACCUGGAGGGUCUUUUGAGCCGGAGCCUGCUUUCAACGACGACUUUGCGGGCGGGCCACCUGCUUUCAAUGACGCUCCCCCUCCGCCUCCACUUGAUAACUUUGGGGAUCACUCGGCUCCAUUUGACGAUGCUCCUGCAUUUGAUGAUGCUCCACCAUUCGACGAUGCCCCUCAAUUCGACGACGCUCCUCCAUUCGACGACGCUCCUCCAUUCGACGACGCUCCUCCAUUCGACGACGCUCCUCCAUUCGACGACGCUCCUCCAUUCGAUGAUGCUCCUCCAUUCGAUGAUGCUCCUCCGGCUCCUUUCGAUGACGGUGGUGACAGCUUCGGCAACGAUGGCUUCGAUGACCCACCAGUCGACAUGGACCGUGGCUUCGAUAUGGAGCCUGCGCAGGACUUCGGACCUGAACCUGACAUGCCGACGGACAACUUUGACGAACCUCCACCAUUCGAUGACAGUGGUGACCGUGGUCUCGAUGAAUCCUUUGAUGGACCAAUGGACGCCCCCAUGGAUGAGCCCUUCGAGGAAGCUUUCGAUGGACCGAUGGACGAGCCAUUCGAUGAGCCCUUCGAUGGCCCCGUGGACGAACCAUUCGAUGGCCCCAUGGAUGAACCAUUCGAUGGCCCCAUGGACGAGCCAUUCGAUGGCCCUAUGGAUGAACCAUUCGAUGGCCCCAUGGAUGAGCCAUUCGAUGGCCCUAUGGAUGAGCCAUUCGAUGAGCCACCUAUGUCAGAUAACGGUGAGGAAAUGAUUCUCCAAGACGACUUCAGCGGCGGUGCCGAGCCCGAUAACUUUGACGACGGUGACCGCGGACUUGGCGAUGACUUCCCACAAGAUGACUUCCCGCAGGACGACUUCCCGCAGGACGACUUCCCGCAGGACGACUUCCCGCAGGACGACUUCCCGCAAGAUGACUUCCUACCGACGGACGACAUGGGAGGCGACGGCGAGCGAGGAUUCCAGGAUGACAUGAUGGAUGGUGGAUUUAUGGACGGUCCAGGUGACGAUCCGCCGUUCGAUGAAGAGCCACCAUUUGACGAUCAGCCAUUUGACGAUCAGCCAUUUGACGAUCAGCCAUUUGACGAUCAGCCAUUUGACGAUCAGCCAUUUGACGAUCAGCCAUUUGACGAUCAGCCAUUUGACGAGGAGCCGCCAUUCGAAGACCGAGGACUCGAUGAUGGCAUGAUGGACGAUGGGUUCAUGGACGGUCCGCAGGAAGAACUCCCGUUCGACGAAGAACCCCCGUUCGACGAGGAACCCCCGUUCGACGAGGAACCCCCGUUCGACGAGGAACCCCCGUUCGAUGAGGAACCCCCGUUCGAUGAGGAACCCCCGUUCGAUGAAGAGCCUCCCUUUGACGAAGAGCCCCCAUUCGAUGAAGAGCCUCCCUUUGACGAAGAACCCCCAUUCGAUGAGGAGCCUCCCUUUGACGAAGGCAUGAUGGAAGAAGAGUUCAUGGACGAUAUGGAUGGUGAUCGUGGCCUUGAUGAUGAAAUGAUGGAUGGUGAAGGCAUGAUGGACGACGAGUUUGGAGAAGGAGAAAUGGAAGGUGAUGAGUUUGGGGAAGAAGGUAUGGAAGGUGACGAAUUCCCAGAGGAGGAAAUUCCUGAGGAUGGAUUCCCGGAGGACGACAUGCCAGAGGAUGAAUUCCCCGAGGGCGAAGAUGAGAGAGGUCUUGACGAAGAAGCCUUUGAAGAUGCAAUGGAGGACGAAGGCAGCCUCGAUUGCGAGGGAAUUGAGAAUGAGGAUGAGGGCGAAUUUGACGGAGAGGAGGACGAAAAUGAGGACGACGAAGGGCUCGACGAUGACGACCUGCAAGACAUCAUGAAUGACUCUGCGCCAGGCUCACCAACUGGCUCGGACAACGAGCGGGGUCUAGACUCCCCUGGCAUGGAGGAAGAGCCAGAAGAGGUACAGGACGAAGAAGGACAAGAAGGCGACGCCCAGGAAGAACAAACCGAGGAGCCCGAGGACACAAAUGACGUCCGCCUGUCCCAGCUGUACCGACAAUCAGCGGUCAUGUUCUCGCCACUGCUCACAUCACCCCUUCCGCCCAGCCCACCACCGGAGCAAGACACAGCCAGCCCAGAAGAAGGGGAACCGGAGUCCACUGAACCAGUCCGUUUCUCGCACUUGUACCGCCAGAGUGUGGACCUCGACAUGGCCUUGACUGUUCAGUCGCCCAACUCGGACGAUGGCCUGCCCGCUAUCGCCGAGUCCCCCGAUAUGGAACAAGGACAGAGCUUCGAUGUCCCCGUCAUGGCCCCUGUCCCAGACUUCGCAAAGAGGCGCAGCGAGAGGAUGUCGGCACGCAUGUCCACCAUGUCACAGCAACUCAGUCCUAUUCCGGCCAGCCCGCUGUCUCCUCGCCCACUGGCAACACCGCCACCAGAGGAGGACGAGACCUACGAUGAUGAGGCAGCACAGCGCCAGUAUGACCCGAACUACGAUGUCGAGCGUGCCAUGUCCCCCGAGGAGGAGUACGAGAACUACUACGACGAGGACGAUGAAUAUGAACCGCAGGAGCAACGCGCGUCCGGCCCUAGGGGGCCACAGACCUUCGACGACAUGAACCUGUCUCCUAGGCCUGGCCCUUCGCCGUCAGAGCGUUACAGCUAUCAUGAGGACCUCGAACAGGGCCCUCCCACGACGCCGUUCACCCCUAAUGGAAACCGCAAGACUUUGCGUGAGAGGGUUAUGUCCGGGUGGUGGGCGCAGGGCAGCGGUACCGAACAGCAGGGCUCAGGUCAGCCUCGUGCGCCACCGCCCCCGAUGCCUUACGACAGCGGCCAAUUCAUUUGAGAGGCCGGGAGCCCCAUUUCGAGUGUUGGAAUGAUAAGAAAAGAGUGGGGUUGGAGGGUGAAUUCAAAUUGGCGCCGCUUAAUUGCAGUUGGGUUUACACAAAAAAUUGCACAUGGCAUGCACGGAUGGGAAGUUGACUUUCUUGGGUUGAUACCUAGCAUGACUUUUCUUAUGUCUGGAUAGAAUCUGGCGUUAGUAGGUAGUCUCUGGGACCGAGAUUGGGCACAUUUAUAUAGGAUAGCAUGAUGGGUACAUAUAUAUAUUGAUUCGGUGACAGCU